AAUCAAAAGCAAUAGCCUUAUAAAAUUCUCUCUAAAUUCUCCAAUUAAAAGUUCGUCAAGUCAAGAUGUCGGACGAAGAGGUGGUCGCUCUGGUGAUCGACAAUGGUUCGGGGAUGUGCAAGGCCGGAUUUGCUGGCGACGAUGCCCCACGAGCCGUCUUCCCGUCGAUUGUCGGUCGUCCCCGCCAUCAGGGCGUGAUGGUGGGCAUGGGACAGAAGGACUCGUAUGUCGGGGACGAGGCACAGAGCAAGCGCGGCAUCCUCACACUCAAGUAUCCCAUCGAGCAUGGGAUCGUGACAAAUUGGGACGACAUGGAAAAGAUCUGGCAUCACACGUUCUACAACGAGCUGCGAGUGGCCCCCGAGGAGCACCCCGUGCUCCUGACUGAAGCCCCAUUGAAUCCCAAGGCGAAUCGCGAGAAGAUGACCCAAAUAAUGUUCGAGACAUUCAACACACCGGCCAUGUAUGUAGCCAUUCAGGCGGUGCUCUCGCUGUACGCUUCUGGGCGUACCACCGGCAUCGUCCUGGACUCGGGAGACGGGGUCUCGCACACUGUCCCGAUCUACGAGGGGUAUGCCUUGCCCCAUGCCGUCCUGCGUUUGGAUCUGGCCGGACGCGACCUCACCGAAUACCUCAUGAAGAUCUUGACCGAACGGGGCUACUCUUUUACGACCACCGCUGAGCGCGAAAUAGUGCGAGACAUCAAGGAGAAGCUCUGCUACGUUGCCCUGGACUUUGAGCAGGAGAUGGCUACGGCUGCCUCCAGCUCGUCGCUGGAAACGUCCUACGAACUGCCCGACGGGCAGGUCAUAACCAUCGGGAACGAGCGCUUCCGCUGUGCGGAGACCCUCUUCCAACCGUCGUUUCUCGGAAUGGAGGCCUGCGGCGUCCACGAGACGACCUAUAACUCCAUCAUGAAGUGUGAUGUGGACAUACGCAAGGAUCUCUACGGGAACAUAGUGCUUUCUGGCGGCACUACAAUGUAUCCGGGCAUAGCCGAUCGCAUGCAGAAGGAGAUCACGGCUCUAGCUCCCUCGACAAUGAAAAUCAAGAUCAUUGCACCGCCAGAGCGGAAGUAUUCCGUGUGGAUUGGGGGUUCCAUUUUGGCUUCACUCUCCACCUUCCAACAGAUGUGGAUAUCGAAGACAGAGUACGAUGAGUCUGGGCCAUCCAUUGUGCACCGCAAAUGCUUCUAAAAGACACCAAAGAAGAUGCACUUUUAUUCACAUCAGAUCAAAAUUGAUUUCGGCAUAACGUUAGAUACCUCGUCUUGUAGGUCACAUAAAAAUGAAAUAUAUAGACUAUUCCAGAAAAA